CGUGCUGUCAGCGCCUGGGACCUGCACAUAUCAACAAGGGGAUAAACCAUUUCUCUCCAUAGCACCUCGUCUGUAUAAGUACCUCCACUGCUCGCUGCUACCUACCAGAAUGAAUGUGGGUGUGGCACACAGUGAGGUGAACCCAAACACCCGGGUGAUGAACAGUCGAGGGAUCUGGCUGACCUAUGCACUUGGCGUUGGAAUACUUCACAUUGUGCUCUUGAGCAUACCUUUCUUCAGUGUGCCAGUGGUGUGGACUCUCACUAAUGUCAUUCACAACUUUGGAAUGUAUGUCUUCAUGCAUGCAGUGAAAGGCACGCCUUUUGAGACCCCUGACCAAGGAAAAGCCAGACUUCUUACACACUGGGAACAGCUUGACUACGGCGUGCAGUUCACUUCAUCUCGAAAGUUCUUCACCAUCUCCCCAAUCAUUCUAUACUUCCUGGCAAGUUUCUACACAAAGUAUGACACAGCACAUUUUGUCAUAAACACUGCCUCACUUUUGAGUGUCCUGAUUCCUAAGCUGCCACAACUACACGGGGUGAGAAUUUUUGGCAUCAACAAGUAUUAAGAUAUUGUAAAUGCUGUGCCUCAUAGCAACAGAAGUUAAUUCCUAUGUAGUCUGUACCGCCGAUGUGUGUACUAAGUCGUACAGUUUGUCGUUAGAUUUAUCAGGUUGACGAUGAAAUGUUUAAAGGAAGGUUUUUUUUGAGUACGUUUGCAGAUGACAGGAUGCCAUAUGCAUUACUAACUUAUGUGAAUAUUUAAUGAUGUAUUUUUGGCCUGCAUAGACCUGGGCUGGCCCAGGCAUCAGUGAGGCUUUUGGUUGAGUUUUUUUUUUUUUUCUCUCUCUCUGCCCUCAGUUCACGUGGUGUGAGUGUAGGUCUGUUUCUAGCCACAUAGAUGUCCCAGAUGUGUUUUUCAAAGAUGUUUACUUCUCAAGGGUAGGAGCCUGUGGCUCGUUUCUUGGUACACUCUCAUUUUGUAAUGGGCGUCAGACAUGUUGAUGCAGAGUGAAGAAUGGAAUCAUACUCUUUAUUUGCAUGAUUUCCUUGGUAUGUGAAUCAUUUCUCACUUGUAACUCAAUCAAAACAGGGCAGUUUUUUCAUUGUACAGUUUUUUUUUGGUGAAUGUUAUGUAUGUUCAAGUAAAAGUCCUGUAUGUAGAAAUGAGACAAAUUAUUGUUGUCAGGUUAAGUGUUUAGUGAGGGAGGUCUACAGUUUCUUUGUGAUAAAAUUACUCUUAUGUAGCUGCUCUCUUCAGAUUAUUAUGAUUUUUUUGCUAUCACCAAGGCAGCAAGUUCUGCUUUGUUUGGCCAUAGCUCACAAUACUCAUGAUAUUUCUUGUUCUUAAUCUUAUUAAAAUCUCUGUGCCCUCCAAAUA